AACAUACAGUGAAAACUCUGAUUUAAUUCCUUAUCUAUCCUAUUUUGGUUUUACUUUCCUUUUUCGUGCCUCACACAGGACCAAGCAGCUCGAGGAGAGAGGGUGCUCUCUCUCUAUUUUGAUGGAAAGUCACAGUAACGAUAUCUGAAGAUGGAAAAAGGAUACCCACCACAGGACGCAGCUCCCCCCUACCCUGGCCCACCUAUGAACUACGGGGGUGCAGAACCUCAGCAAGCCAUGUACAAUCAGCCAGCCAUGUACCCUCAGCCAGCCAUGUACCCUCAGCCAGCCAUGUACCCUGAGCCAGCCAUGUACCCUCAGCCUCAGCCGGGUUUCACUCCUUCCCCUGUAGGACCUCCACCUGUUGGAUACCACGGAGGUAAUGCUUUUGCUCCGGGCCCUGCCACAACAGUGACUCAUGUUGUUGUACAACCUGCACUACAUGACCUCCCAGGACAAACAGUUUGUCCCCACUGCCAGCAGUCAGUGAUCACCAAGACAGAGCACUCAGCAGGCCUGAUGACCUGGGCCAUCUGCGGUGGCCUUGCACUCUUUGGGUGUUUCCUCUGCUGCUGUAUCCCAUUCUGCAUUGAUUCCUGUAAAGAUGUGGAGCAUCGCUGUCCAUCCUGCCACAGAGUCAUCUACAUAUACAAGCGAAUGUGAAACUAGCCUUGGGAAGGCUAGUUUAUCUGUGUCCUAUAAAAGCAUUUCACUGUACACCAUAUACUUAGUAGUUAUUUGCUCCUGGAUCAAAACAACCAAUCAGAGCCAGGAGGAGUGUCAACCACGCUCCUACACAAGAUGCUGGCAGCCUUCCUCCCCUACAUAGUGUCUGCUGUGGCAGGUUCCUCUGUGGGGAGGGACUUUGAAGUUGUACUUGUUUGAAUUUUCUGGCUAUGUCCACUUUUUUUCUAAUAACUACAUACUGCAGCUUUCAGUGGAAUACCCAGUGUCUGACUCACUUCCUAUGAUUGAACAAUAUCGUUGAAGAAAUUACUACUUGGUUAUAGGAUUAUAUAUCACACACACAUAUGUCAAAUUAUCAUAUAAUUAACCAAUGUACAUUACAGUACAAUGUAAACUAAUUUUGAGAUGUCUGUUGUGGUGUUAAGUUGCCAUGUUUGUUGAGGGGUGGAAAGAUAUUGGAUGUUGGUAACCAAGUUUGUUCUCUGGUGUGCUAAUAUUUUUGUUUUGACUGCAAAUUUUUGAUUUGACUGCACUGCUUAGUGCUUUUUAGAUAUUUAUUUUAUACUGUACUGUCCAUUUUGUUUUCUUUGAAUGGGUGUUUUCUGAGUGUUAUAUUCAGCACAAUAUAUUUAAUGUUCACUACCCACUUUCGGCCAUAUUAACAGUGAUGUGUUCACUUAAAAAUUGUUUGUUUUUACUCUUAAACAAGUGAAAAAACAUUUCAAUAUGUUUUUUCUGUAUUAUACUGUGUUUUGAGGAAGUUAGCCAUGUGUCCACUGUAGUGGACCCCAAUGCCUCAACGGUAUGAAAAGUGAUUCAAUGGAAAUUAAUGGAAGUAAAAAAACAAAACAUGUUUUAUUAACGUACUGUUGUAUGAAUUGAUAUACAGUACCAGUCAAAAGUUUGGACACACUUCUUAUUGAUGUGAAAUGGAAAGUGUGUCCAAACUUUUGACUGGUACUGUACAUUUAAAUGAUGAUGCUACGGCUUUAUUUAGGAAAAACAUACAACAAACUCCACAGUCAGUGACAACAAAUCUUGGAACUGAACUAAACAAAGUGAUUUGAAUCAGCAAAUUGAUUCAGGAUUUUCACCUCUAGUGUGUAUAGGCCUAAUAUUCAAGAUGACCAAAUAAAAAUAAAUA